GUUCCCGUUUUCUUUCACCUCCUUUAUAACUCAGCUGUCACCAUUUACGUUCUCUGCAAGAGACAAAAAAGAGAGCGCUUUGGAGACGAAAGAGAGAGAGAGAGUUAAAGAAGUAACAGAUCUCCAUCACAGUCUUCGUUAUGGGUUUUUUGCAACCGGAUCCGUUUCUUAAUGAAUUGACUAGCAUGUUUGAGCGUAAUAGAGAGAAUGGCUCUGUUUGGGUUACUUUCAAACGCUCGUCAAUGAAGUCUAAGGUUCAAACAAAUAAAAUGACGACUUCAGGAGAAGCCAUUGAGUAUCGAUGCCUCAUCCGUGCAACUGAUGGGAAACAAAAGAUUUCUACAACAGUUGGGGCGAAGGAUCACCAGCGCUUUCAAGCUUCUUACGCUACUCUUCUCAAGGCUCACAUGGCAGCUCUAAAGAAGAGGGAGAGGAAGGACAAGAAAAAGGCUGCAGAGGGAGAUAAAAAGGACGGAGGUUCAAAGAAAAAGCCGAAGAGAGUGUGAACAAGUCUCUUGCUACCGACACCUCUGUAUAAACUGGGAAAGCUUUUAAUUUUCUUCUGAUAUUUGGUACUGGGAUCUUUUGCUUAAAUGGAAAGAAAAGAUCAUACAGAAGUUCUUUCAAUUUUGAACUAUAACGGAGGUACACGAUACGGGAUUUUGUUUCACAGCCCCUUUUGAAAUGUGAUUUCCAUUCUCUGAUCAGGUUGAAUGUUAUCUGGAAAAAUAUGCAGCCGGUCUGUUUUCAGCCUUUUGCGUUGUAGAUUUUUUUGAUCCAGAAUUUCAUGAAAUUGAAAUUGGCAUUAGAAGAUUGGAUGAAUGAUUUUGUUUGCUCAGUAGAAUGUGAUUAAAUUGCCUUCAUCUAUGGGCACAUCUUUUUGAUUA